GUCCGGGAGUCUACCGGAGGACUCCAUGAAAGAUGCUCGCAUAUCCUUUUUGUCGUCGACCAGACAGAUCAGAAGUCCUAGUAUGUCACAGAGGAAUCUCGGUGACCACAUUAAUCAGCACGAUACGUUGAUUCUUAGGUUGGAUGUCUGCUUACCCAUUUCACACAGGUCAUGCACCCAGAACUAUAUAUAACCUGUUCGCUCGUGUGUGGCCUUUCAAACGCAUCCGACAACUUGCAACGAAUCGUGAUUAACAAAAAGUCUCUCCUUGUGUCCUGUGAUGAAACCGGCAUGGACAGCCUCCUAGGUGAUCCUAACAAUGCGCCCCAUGAUGGGAGUUCGCCACAAGCACCUACAAAUGUAAACAGGCUCUCUCGAGCCAUUCCCUCCUCCAGGGUUGUCGGCAAUAUUGUCAUUCCCCAGAUCACUUUCUACCAAAGCGGAACAGAGAACCUCACUAGUAGCUUCAACGAUUAGAAAAUUGUCGAGGACAAAUCUCUUCAGGCAUACGGGGCUCCAAUAGGUCAGUUGUCACCCCGUGCAGCAUUCCAGCAUCUUAGUCGCAUCUCAAAAUCCGCGAUGCGUCUUGUUUAUUGGGCAAGAUUACUCGACUGGAGACAAAAUUUACAUCUUUGGGUACUGACUUACCUUCUUAUACAAUUCUUUCAAAUCUUCACCGCGAUCACACAGAUUCUCAAGGUAGCUCUAAUGCCUUUUAUUUCAGUAACUAAGAGAUGAUCUUCCGUUCAACGGAGGUGCCUAUGCCGCGAGAAAGAUCCAGGAUUGAUCGUGAGUUCCUUCUCCCUGCUUUUCAUCUCGCCGAUGAUAAGGAUGAAAUUUGCACUGACAUCGGAGGGAACGCGGCGAGAGAGAUAUGUGAUUUCUGUCCAGAGAUGUGGACAGUGGAUGGCGACUUGAUAUCAAUCAUGACGGACGAGGCAUAAUGAAAGCCACGAAUUGAUCCCAGGUGUCCAUCAAUUUUGAGCAUGAAUGAUGCUGUUUCGAGGUGAAGAAAGACUUGCUCGAGCACUUCAUUGGGUAGCUUGGUGAUGGAAGGGUCAUCCAGGGUUGACGAGUGUAAGAGAUGACUUAAAGCCUGAACAUCUUCCAUCGAUUUGCCCGACAGAACAAAACAAGGGGAAGGGAAUGUCUGUCUGCAAAGAUUUCCAAGCUUAGCAUUGAGUAUAGACAUCGGAGUGAGAGAGACGGUACCUGACGAAGGGGGAGCCGUAGCAGUGAUGAGGAAAUGAAACACAGAAACAGUUGCGAACAUAGUUAUGGGAGAGUUGUUCAAGACGGCACGAGGAAAUCACGCUGCUGCCACGAGGAUAACAACGAUUACGAGCAAAGUGGUCAAUCUAGUCACUUUAUGUUGAGGAUGACCUAUAAUUACGGUACGCCGUCAAUCUUGGGCUGAUAUAGGUGGGAAGUCGAAAAGCAAACCUACGUAUUGAAGCAUGUCUCCCCGAAUUAUGACUUGUUUAAAAAACUUCCUUC